CACUCUCCAUUUUUCCUUGUAGUUGCACUUGCAUCACCAUGUCCCAGCACAUCCUCGUCUAUGGCGGCCGCGGCGCGCUCGGCACCGCCAUCAUCAGCUACUUUAAGCUCCGUGGCUUUGUCAUCACGUCCAUCGAUCUCUUUGCGAACGACGAAGCCAACCACAACGUGCUGCUCCAGGCGCAGGACAGCUGGGAAGACCAGUCCAACAAGAUCUCAGCAGCGCUUGCGGAGAAGCUCGGUGAAUCCAAGGUCGCCGCCGUGCUCUGCGUCGCCGGUGGAUGGGCUGGUGGCAAUGCUGCUUCUGCAGAUUUGAUCAAGAACGCCGAUCUCAUGAUCAAGCAGAGCGUUUGGUCGUCGGUCAUCGCCGCACGCGUCGCUUCGCAAUUCCUUGCCCCGAACGGCUUGCUUGCUCUGACUGGUGCUCGCGCUGCGCUGAACGGCACUGCUGGUAUGAUUGGCUACGGCAUUGCCAAGGCUGCUGUUCACCAGCUCACUCGCAGCCUUGCCCAGCCCGGCAGUGGUCUUCCUGAAGGCGCCACCGCUGUCGCCAUCCUCCCCGUCACUUUGGACACUCCGAUGAACCGCAAGUUCAUGCCCGAUGCCGAUUUUUCGUCCUGGACUCCCCUCGAUGAGAUUUCGUCGCAUUUCCUGGACUGGACGACUGGCAAGCAGCGUCCCUCCAACGGCGCGUUGGUCGAGGUUGUUACGGCUGGGGGCGUUACCACCUUCACCGAGGCUGCUCACUAAACACCUUCUCGGUUGCAUGCUUCACUGUCGCAUCUCCGACUCGCCACUGAAUAAACAAUUUUUCGGCUGG